AUGGAUGAAAAAAAUAACAAAUUAUUUGAGUGUGAUAUAUUAAUCUGUGGAACAAGUUUGCUGAAUACAUUAUUGUCUGUAUAUUUUUCUAUUAAAAACUAUAAUGUAAUAAAUAUUGAUAAAAAUAAUUAUUAUGGUGAUUACAAUGGUUCAUUAAAUUUCUGUCAGUUUCAAGAUGUACAUAAUAAAUUGGAAAAAUUUUAUUACGAAUUUUUGCCUUUUUCCAAUUUGACUCAAGUAAAAAAAAAAGAAUUACAAGAAAUUGUUCAAAAUUAUUUCAAAAUUAAUAACAAUAAAUUUAAUAUAGAUAUAAAUCCUAAAAUUAUAUAUAAUGAAAGUAAUAUUGUUAAUCUUUUAAUGAGUGUAAAUGCUCAUACAUAUAUUAGUUUUUUAGGUAUACAAUACUUUUAUUUAACCUAUAAAAAAUUUAAUGAACAACAACAUCAAGAAAAUACGAACACUAUAAGUAAGGAUCAUACACAAAAUAUACAAAAUGAAGAAAAGGAAAUAACAAAUAAUUCAACAUCUACCAUACUCAGCAAUAAUAUUAAAUCAGAUGAUUUAGUUUUUGUGAAAGUACCUUUAAAUAAAUCUCAAGUGUUUUUAGAUAACAACUUAAAUUUGAAUGAAAAAAGAAUGAUUAUGAACUUUAUAUAUAAAAAUAUUGUCUAUGAUAAAAAUUAUACAUUUUCCAAUUUUUCAAAUUAUGCUUUUAUGAAAAAAGGGCCUAAUCAAUCCUUAUCUGAGGAUAGUCAAAAAGUAGAAGGUUCCUUAGGAGAAGUAAAAGAAAGAGGAAUACAGCAACAAAAUAAUAAUGAUAAUAUCAAUAAUAUUGGUACUAUAACACCUUAUGAUGACGUAAAUGAUAACAUACAAAAUUUAUCAGAAAAUGUUAACAUAAUAAAUUAUUUAAAUACAUUUAAUAUUACAGACAAAAUUUCCGACUAUAUUAUGUACGGUAUAGGUUUAUUUGAUCUUGACCUAGGAUAUUGUAAAAAUGUUCAUAAUAUACCUGAAUAUUAUUUAAGUGGUUUUUCUAAAGAAACAAAAUAUAUCUUGAAUAAAAAUGAAUUCUUAAAACGUCUACACAUUUUAGUAAACUCAUUAAAUAAAUUUAAAUUACAAAAUUCGUUCGAAAACGCAUUUAUAUAUCCAUCUUAUGGAUUAAACGAUAUUAUAUAUGCCCUAUCUCGAGUAGCUUGUUUAAAUAAUUCUAUAUAUAUGAUAAAUAGAAAAAUUGAACACAUAACAUACUCGAAUUAUAAUUAUACAAAAGAAAACGAACACCAUGAAUAUGAAAAUAGUGAAAAUUAUAAUACAUCCAAUGUAAAAAUAAAUGAGGUAAUAUUAGAUAACGGAUUUAUAAUUAAACCUAAAUUUGUUAUAUCAACUGGAUCAAAUAUAAAUUUUAAAGAAAUGAAAAAAUAUCUUUUUAAAAAUGAAUAUGAACAAGAUAAUAAUAUACAUAUAAAAACAAGCAGAUUAUUAGUCUUAAGUACUUAUUCUUUUCUAGGACAAAAUGGUCUAGCUUUUUAUAUACAUAAACAACCAAAAUUAAAACAUCAAGUAAAAACCAAUUCAUGUAAUUCUUAUUGUACCAUUCAUAUAUUGCAGUUAGAUUAUAGUAGUGGAUCAUGUCCCCUUGGGUUUUUCUUAACAUAUUUUACAUAUCUAGAGAUAGAAACAGAAAAUGUGCCAAAUAAACAACAAAAAAAAUAUAAUAAUAAUGAAAAUAAUCAUAACAAUAAUUAUAAACAUAUUGAUAGUAGUGGUAAUGUUUCUUUUAAUUCUGGGCCAGAGUAUAAUAAUGCACAUUUUUUUUCUAAUAAUAAUACAUACCCAAAUGAUGACAAACCCUUAAAUUAUUUAUUACUAUUGGAUGUGUUAAAAUUAUUUAUUCAAAAACAACAAAAUGAUAAAUACAGUAAUUGUGACAAUUGUUACUUUUAUGACAAAAAUGUUUUUAAUGAACAACUGCUCAAACAAAUUAGACAUUUUUUUAAUACAUCAGAAUUUAAUAAUAUCAGCCAGUUAUCUAAUAUCAACAAUAAAAUAAAUACAAAUAAAAAACAUCAAAAUAAUGAAAUAAUAGAUAAAAGAGAAGACCAAUAUCAAUAUGAUAAAAACCAAGAUGAAAUGAAUAAUAUAUUAAAAGAAAAUAAGGAAGAAGAAAAUAAACCAAAUGAUGAAUAUUUUAUGAACCAAUUCAAUAAUUUACUAAAAAAAGAAGGUAUUAUUUAUAUGGCAUAUUAUGAAUAUAAACCAACUGUAUAUAGAAAGGAUACUAUACAAUUAAUUAAUCAAAAUUUAGAUAUAUAUAAAAAUAUAUUUGAAAAUAUAGAAAAGCAAAAUAUAAAUAAUACCCAAGAAAAAGAAAUAAAUAAACAUAAUAAUCAUGAUGAUAAUGAAAAUAUUUCUUGUAAAGAAAAUCACAUGAAUAAUAAAAACGAUGAAUUAAAUAAAACCAAGAAUUGUUCAAAACAUUAUGAAAAAAAAAAAAACACUAUUCAAUUAACAACAAAUCAAAAUAUUAUAAAUCUACUUUUUACUAAUGAUGUACACAAUUAUCCUAUUUAUCCAUUAAUUGAAGAUAUUUCCACCUUCAUUUACAUAAUUAGUAAAUUUAAUCAACAAAUAUAUAAUAGUAAAAAUGAAACUAUAUAUGAUACCUUAUAUGAUUUUAAAACAAUUUUUAACUAUCAAAAUAUUAAUAGUUAA